GUGUGUGUGUGUUUUGCACGAAUUGUUUAUUGAAGAUAGAGAGUGGAUUGAAUUUUAAGAUGUGUGAUUUUGUCAAGCCUGGAUUUUCUCUCAAUCUCAAAAUCUCUAACGUUAAUCUAUAAAUGUUAAACACAAUACAUAAUCUAGUACGGGCUUCGGAAUUAUACGUAUUAUGUGCGGUUGAUGCGCGAGUGACAUUUCAAAGCAUUUGGCACGACAACACCUGUGACGAGCCUUGCAGACGCUAUUUUAAAUAGAACCUUGCGACAUCAAAGUCACAAGAAGCAUUAUGAUCUCGUGACAUAUAUGUAUGUAUUUCAAAAUAUUCGCUUUGUACACGAGAUUUCAAUCGUGAACGGAAUCUGAUGCGGAGACUGAUGCCACUUGUGACAAGCGUGCGACCGACUUUUGAGAUCCAGGAGCCACGUGUAACCAACAAUGACGUCGCUUAGAUUGUUUGUAGCGGGAGUAAGUGCCAUAGGUGCUGGUACUCUUACUUCCUAUUUACUAUUAUCAGAUAAUACGGUACAUGCCGAACAAGGAAAACCAAGACCACCUCGACGAACUUUACCCACACGAGAGGAUCAGGUGAAAACUUUGAAAUCAGAAAACUACGAUGUGUUAAUAAUAGGAGGUGGUGCGACAGGAGCAGGAUGUGCUCUGGACGCUUGCACGCGAGGUUUGAAGACUGCAUUGAUUGAAGCCGAUGACUUUGCAUCUGGCACCUCUUCUCGAAGCACAAAGUUAAUUCACGGCGGCGUGCGAUAUUUACAAAAAGCAAUUAUGCAAGUAGACAUUGAACAAUACAAAAUGGUAAAAGAGGCCCUUCAUGAACGAGCGUCAAUGCUACAAAGCGCACCACAUUUAGCACAUCCAUUGCCCAUUAUGCUGCCAGUUUACACGUGGUGGCAAAUUCCUUAUUACUGGUUUGGUAUUAAGAUGUAUGAUCUAGUAGCUGGCAGCAAAACCGUAAAGUCGUCAUAUUAUCUGAGUAAAUCGAAUGCUCUAGAACUUUUUCCUAUGCUGAAAGGCGACAAGCUAACAGGCGCAAUUGUCUAUUACGAUGGUCAACAAGACGAUGCCAGAAUGAAUUUAGCAAUCGCGCUUACAGCUUCAAGACACGGAGCAACAGUUGUAAAUCACGUUAAAGUGCUCAAUUUGUUGAAGGGUCUUGACAGGGACGGUAAGCGAGUUCUCGUGGGUGCUCGCUUAAGGGAUGAACUUACGGGAGACGAAUGGGACGUAAAGGCUAAAGCAAUAAUCAACGCAACUGGUCCUUUCACUGAUCACAUUAGAAAAAUGGAUGACCAAGACGUUCCACCUAUUUGUUGUCCAUCUUCCGGAGUUCAUAUAGUAUUGCCUGGAUAUUAUAGUCCGGAUCAGAUGGGUCUACUCGAUCCAGCAACGAGCGACGGUCGAGUGAUCUUCUUUUUGCCUUGGCAAAAACAAACUAUCGCCGGAACGACCGAUUUACCAUGCGAAGUAACACACAAUCCUCGACCUACGGAAGACGAAAUUAUGUUUAUCUUGCAAGAAGUGAAAAACUACCUAAAUCCAGAUGUUGAGGUACGCCGUGGAGAUGUUCUUUCUGCCUGGAGCGGCAUCAGACCGCUUGUUUCCGAUCCGAACAAACCGAACACACAAUCGCUUGCUAGAAAUCACAUCGUACACGUUAGUCCAACAAAUCUUAUCACAAUAGCAGGUGGUAAAUGGACGACUUACCGAGCAAUGGCUCAAGAAACCAUUGACGCAGCUAUAAAAGCUUGCGAGUUACAACCAGAAAGAGGUUGUCAAACCGAUGGCUUUCUUCUGGAAGGUGCUCAAGGUUGGAGCCCAACGAUGUAUAUUAGAUUAGUGCAGGAUUUCGGCUUGGAAUGUGAAGUUGCUCAACAUUUGUCAAAGAGUUAUGGAGAUCGUGCCUUUGCCGUAGCUAAAAUGGCUUCUCUCACAGGAAAACGGUGGCCAAUUAUUGGAAAAAAAAUUCAUCCAGAAUUUCCAUACAUCGACGCUGAAAUACGUUAUGGUGUACGAGAAUACGCGAGAACUGCGAUCGACAUGAUCGCACGUCGAUUGAGACUUGCUUUUCUCAAUGUUCAAGCAGCUCAAGAAGCAUUACCUGGCAUUAUAGACAUUAUGGCCGAAGAGUUGCAUUGGUCAGCGGAAGAGAAAAAGAAACAGCAUCGCGAGGCUAGUGAAUUUCUCGCUCAGGAAAUGGGUCAAAUGGUGAAUCGUGCUUCACGUGAUAAAAUUCCCAUCAAUCUCACCAAGGAUGAGAUCCAGCUCUAUAUUAAGCGUUUUAGAAUUAUAGACAAGGAUCACAAAGGAUAUGUGUCUAUAAAUGACAUUAGGCGAGGAUUAAAGCUCUUUGGGGAUAAAGAAGUGCCGGGUGAAGAGCUUCAUGAAAUUCUACGUGAAAUCGACACAAAUAUGAACGGUCAAGUUGAAUUGGAUGAAUAUCUUCAGAUGAUGUCAGCUAUAAAAUCCGGUCAUGUGGCAUAUUCACGUUUCGCACGGAUGGCUGAAAUGGAGGAAGCUCAGCAUGAGAAAGAAAUGCUCAAGAAACAAAUAAGCGUCGAAAGAUCAGGUGGAGGACUGUGAAGAAACUCUCCUCUGAUAUUACGGAGUUUCAAAAUGUUUUACUCUCACAUUUGAUAUUUAUGUGUCUUAUCGUUGUGUAUUUAUUGUAGAGUAUCUAGUUAUUUCACGAACUAUCAGUUUGUAAUAACUAGUAACUCGGUCAGAUCAUAAACACCAAAUCAAAGUCAACAAUCUCGCAUGCAAUAAAACUAUUUCGAACAUUAUCUGUGAAUAGAUAUCUUAAUCUAUAAAUGUUUCACAUCUUCGUGAUAUUUAAUUCGAAAGUUUAUUCACUAAGUAUAGUAUCGAUUUUUCUCGGUAAACAGCUCAUAUAUCUACAUUUGUAAAAAAAAAAAAAAAACAUUUCUUUAUAGCUCGACAUGCUUGAUUUAUUUGCAUGUGACGUUUGUUAUGUACAAAUAACAAUAUAUCUCGGAUUUUUUCUCUUGUAUAUAUUUAUGAAAAAAUUCUGUGUUAUUUAUCAGUCUUUAUGUAUUAUAUAUUGAAUUAUAUAAUUUUCUGUUUUACUCUUGUAAAAAAACAAUUUAUCAACAUUAAAUGUAACAGAUUGGACUUAAUUUCAAAACCUGAGGAUGAGUACAAAGAAAGCUUUGUACAAUUUUGAUUAUGUAAGGUUACUUGAAAUCAAAAUAAGAAAAAUUAUAUAUAUAUAUAUGUAUAAA